AUGAUUCAAACACUCUAUAGAUUAGUCCCCAGAUUCAGGUUUGCAUCAACACUUGGAUCAUCCAAUGUAGCUUCUGGUACUCAAACAUCAGCAUCUUAAUCAAAUCCUAUCCCUGUUUAUUUAAGACCAUAUGAAGCCAAGAAAUACGAAGUACCAUCAUCAAAAAUCAAAUUAACUACUGGAUACAGUUUCCUUGAUGUUGAGCCCAUGCCAAGAGCUAAGAUCAUGAAAUUAUGCUACACAAUACUUGAUAAAUUAAAGGCAGAAAUUCCUGAAGGUGUUCUUUACAGAAUAUACACUGAGGAGAAACUAAAAUAUAUUAUGCGAAUUACAGAUGAAAUCGAGGAUAUCAGAUAACUUGAGGAGGAAUUCGGGUUUGAGUAAAUAGAAUUCCUCAUCUAAUCACUUGCCAAGGAAGUUGACUUGGUUGACCAAAUGAAAUAUUACAAACCUUGGGAGAAGACUCAAGAUGACAGCACCUUUGAAUUGCUUAGAUAACGACACCCUGCUUUGAAGCACUAAAGAAACGAAAGACCAGCCAGAGAAUAAACUAAAUUUAUUGGAAAUUGAUAUUCACAAUAAUAAUAACAAUAAUAAUAAAUAUUAUCUUCA